AUGGCAUCUAUUCGACUUCUGUUGGCCUGUCUGCCGUUGGCCUUAGCCACAAUCACCGUUUUGGAUCCCAGCGACUACGCUGAUCUGGCUGCCGACGCAACCGAUAAUACCUUGGAAGCCGACUAUACCACGGACAAUGGCGGGCCACAAUACCUUCUGUACAAUAUCACAGGCCCCUACUACUAUAGCGAUGAGGAUGGCGAAAUUGACCACCAAACCUUGACGGUGGAUGCGAACGAUACCAGCGUUCUCGUCGUGACAGAAGGAUCGGCAGUUAAUGUGUCGUAUACUGAUGUCAUCAAGAAAGGCUACUCAACCUGGCUCAAUCAGGCCAGUUUCUUUGGGGUCAAUGCGGCCAUCAAUGUAGCCAACGCCUCGACAGCCUACAUUGACCUCAGCAACAUCACCGUUCACAAUGGUGCGGCCAACGUCUAUGCCUAUGGGACCGGGACCACCGUGUACGUGAGCAACACCGACCUGUACAGUUCUGGUCCGGUGUCCCACGGUCUCUAUGCGGCCGGCAACGGGACCGUCUAUGCCUCCAAUCUGCGACACUAUUCAGGCGGGAAACGCUCAUCCUCCUUCUCGGGUGACAGCCCCGGCGGGUACAUCUAUGUCACCGAUGCCAUCGCUCACACAGCCGGGGUUGGCAGCGCCAUCUUUUACACUCUUGGUGACAGCUAUGGCAAAGAUGUUGUUGGAAAGUCCGAGAAUGGACCGAGCCUGUUCUCUGACGGGGCGCAAAGCUCUGUCUUCGAAAACGUCGAUUUCACCGCUGGCCUUCUGGCAGGGACGUUUGGGAAUCUGAUUGCAUCAGCCACGCUGCAUGCGACCGAGCUGAAUACCACGUCGGGUAUUCUCGUGAUUGCCAACGCCUCCCAGAUCACUCAAUCCUUCGAUCACUUCGUCGGCUGGGAAGAGAAUUCGAGCAUCCAGCCUGCGCAAGCUACAGUGACGGUCACUGAGUCCACACUGAGCGGCGACAUCGUGGCCUACAACGGUAGUUCCAUCUCUUGGAGCCUGGCUGAAUACUCGAGCUGGACGGGAGCGGCCUCCACCGGCCGAGGGACUGCAUACCUGGCAGUGGCACUCGAUAAGACGUCCACCUGGACGCUGACGAAGAAUGUCUAUCUCCAGAACUUCACCAAUGCCGAUACCACCAACAGCAACAUUGCGAGUCAGGGAUACAGUAUCUAUUACAAUGCCUCCUCCUCUGCAAAUGCGUGGAUCAAGUCCGCAAACACAACCCUCCCUGGUGGUGGGAGUCUACAAUUGUAUUAGGAAGGAUACUGGGCGCUGACGGGGGGUUAGUGUGCUUUUGGCAUAGGCACGACGGAUCACAUUUUGUGAUCAGAAGGUUUGACAGUCAUCACAAUUGAUGAAAGAUGUAGCUAGUGG